AUGGCGGAGCUUCACAUCAUUGGGGAUCUGACGUGGGGGGAAAAUUUUGGGAGUAGGAGUUGCUUCUGCGUCUUUGAGCUCGUCGCCGGGGAGCACUGGAGCGUCGUGGAGGGGCGCACCUCGGGCUGCACGCAUGUCAUGCAUAGCGGUGAGGAGGGUAAUGUCUUGUGGAGUUUUCCUAUAGACAUUCAUUUUACGAUGAACAGCGUAGAAGGCUGGCCAAAAAUAUCGUUGCAGGUGUGGUCCAUUGACAAGUACGGCCGGAAGGACCUGGAGGGCUACGGCGUCGCCUUCGUGCCGCCGCCUAGCGUAGACGAGCAAGAGGUUGUGGUAGAGACAUGGAGGCCGUGCUACUGGAAUCCGAGCUUUUUCUCGCGCCUCUACGAGAAUAUUCGACUCGCCGUAUUUGGCGGAAACCCGGUGCUGCGAGAUAAGGCGCUGAUACACACCAACGAGGAGCGGUUCAAGUUACGGACCAGAAGCAGUGGAACAGUUCUUCUUCACUUAAAUGUCAUUUCACGAGGCAUGCAGAGGCUGGGGAUUCAAUGCAGCUGA